GAGUGCAGCCCUCAUCUCCGCGGCUCACCAGCCCUCGGAACCGUUCCCAGCGACCCGGAGAACCGCGCGACCUCGCCAUGGCCCGGCCGCUCGGGCUGCUGUGUCUGUGCCUGGGCUGCUUCUGCCUGAGCUUGGCGCAGGGACAGAAACCAAGCCCGCAUCUUCCCGAGCUCCGCAGAGCCCUGCAUGGCGACCACACGACAGGUGGUGGCCCGAGUCCGGAUCUGAAGCCGCACGACAAGGUGUCGGAACACAUGCUGUGGCUGUACGACAGGUACAGCGGAGGCGGCAGAGUCCAGGCGAUCCGGACGCCAGGCUCCAGGGAUCAAGGCUCACAGUCCUCGCGUCCUCAGCCCCUGCGCGAAGGCAACACCGUCCGCAGCUUCCGAGCCCGAGCAGCAGGAACCCUUCAAAGCAAGGGAUUGCACAUUUUUAAUCUGACUUCGCUAACCAAGUCUGAAAACAUUUUGUCAGCCACGCUGUAUUUCUGCAUUGGAGAGUUAGUGAACAUAAGUCUGAGCUGCCCAGUGUCCCCGGGAUGCUCCCAUCAUACUCAGCUGCACAUCCAGAUAGAUCUCUCUGCAUGGAUCCUCAAAUCCAACCAAAACCAAAGUCAGCUUCUAGGCCAUCUGUCAGUAGAAGUGGUCAAAUCUCAUCGAGACAUUAUGUCCUGGCUGUCAGAAGACAUCACUCAGCUCUUAAAGAAGGCCAAGAAAAAUGAGGAGUUUCUCAUAGGUUUUAACAUUACAUCCAGUGCACACCAGCUGUCCAAGAAGGUGUUACUUUCUCCAGAGCCUUAUAUCUUGGUAUAUGCCAACGAUGCUGCCAUUUCUGAGCCAGAAAGUGUGGUAUCGAGCUUACAGCGACACCGAGAUUUCCCAUCAGGAACGGUACCCAAACUGGAUAGCCACAUCAGAGCAACACUCUCUGUUGAAAGAAGGAAAAAGCGUUCUACUGGGAUCUUGUUGCCUCUACAGAACAAUGAACUGCCUGGGGCAGAGUACCAGUACAAGGAAGAUGGUGUGUGGGAGGAGAGGAAACCUUACAAGACCCUUCAAACUCAGUCCCCAGAGAAGAGCAAGAACAAGAAGAAGCAGAGAAAAGGGUCCCCCCAGAAGAGCCAGACACUCCAGUUUGAUGAACAGACGCUGAAGAAGGCAAGACGAAAGCAAUGGAUUGAGCCUCGAAAUUGUGCCAGGAGAUACCUUAAAGUGGACUUUGCUGAUAUUGGCUGGAGUGAAUGGAUUAUCUCCCCCAAGUCAUUUGAUGCUUACUAUUGCUCCGGAGCAUGCCAGUUCCCCAUGCCAAAGUCUUUGAAGCCAUCAAACCAUGCUACCAUCCAGAGUAUAGUGAGAGCUGUGGGGGUCGUCCCUGGGAUUCCUGAGCCUUGCUGUGUACCAGAAAAGAUGUCCUCACUCAGCAUCUUAUUCUUUGAUGAAAAUAAGAAUGUAGUGCUUAAAGUCUACCCUAACAUGACAGUAGAGUCUUGUGCUUGCAGAUAACCUGGCAAAGAACACACUCGAAUGCUUAAUUCAAU